AUGGCUUCACAGACCACCUUGCUACUACCUCUCUUGAGGCGUGAACUUGUUCCCAUCUGUCUGCGCUCCUGGGCCACUGAUGUGCUGAAAACUUCCGCUUGCGCCUAUUCCCACCACCCCACAACACUCGUCGGAUCAAGUCUACGGCGAAUAGUCCAUCAACGUCCUUUCUCGGCGCAAACGAUUUAUUUAAACCAGAAACGGGACUUUUCAAGCACGCUACAGAGGAGGUUUGCUAGUGAUUCGGACAGCUUUGAUCCUUCCCGAAUUGAACGUGAAUCGGAUAGCGUCGAUGUGUGCAUUGUUGGCGGUGGCCCCGCGGGUCUCGCCGCAGCUAUCCGACUGAAAAAGAUUGCAAACGAAGCGGGCAAUGAAGACUUCCGGGUUAUACUUUUGGAAAAAGCCGGCGAGAUUGGGGAUCAUAUAGUGUCUGGUAAUGUUUUGGAACCGAGUGCGAUGAACGAGUUAUUUCCCGACUGGCUAUCGGAAGACAACCCCUCGAGAUUCGAACAUGCCACGCCCGCGAAAUCAGAUAGAAUGCGUUUCCUUACAAAGAAACAUGCUAUCCCAAUCCCCUGCCCGCCUCAGAUGAAUAACCACGGCAAUUACAUUAUCAGCCUAAGCCAACUAUGCAAAUGGCUGGGAGAGCGCGCGGAAGAGGUUGGCGUUGAAUUGUACCCCGGGUUCGCCGCGAGUGAGGUGCUCUAUGAGGCGGAUGGAUCUGUCAAAGGAGUUGCAACUAACGACCUUGGAAUUGGGCGGGAUGGAAAGCCUAAGGAUUCUUUCGAACGAGGGAUGGAGUUCCAUGCUAGAGCCACGUUACUUGCCGAGGGAUGCCAUGGGAGCUUGACAAAGCAGGUCAUCAGGAAAUUCGACUUGCGGCGGGAUAGCCAGCCUCAAACAUAUGGAUUGGGCUUGAAGGAGGUUUGGGAGAUUCAGCCCGAAAAAUUCCGGAAAGGGGAAAUCCUCCAUACGAUGGGUUAUCCAUUGCCGAAAGAUGCAUAUGGAGGGUCGUUCUUGUAUCAUUUUGGCGAUAACAUGGUUAGUCUCGGCCUGGUUGUCGGCCUUGAUUAUCCCAAUCCCUGGUUAUCGCCGUAUGGGGAAUUCCAGAAAUUAAAACAUCAUCCCCUUAUCAAAUCUGUUUUGGAAGGCGGGAAAUGCAUAUCCUACGGAGCUCGCGCGCUUAUCGAGGGCGGCUUCCAGUCUAUACCGAAAUGCGCUUUUCCGGGUGGCGCGUUGAUCGGAGAUAGCGCUGGGUUUAUGAAUGUUCCUAAAGUCAAAGGCACGCACACUGCUAUGAGAUCAGGUAUGCUAGCUGCGGAGGCAGCAUAUUCUGCACUUGCAAAUACCGACAGUGGAAGCGUCUUCCUGUAUGACUAUGAAGACGGACUUCGAAACUCCACUAUCUGGAAAGAACUUAAGGAAGUGCGGAACAUGCGCCCUUCAUUCUCAACUCCUUUAGGGAUUUACGGUGGUAUUGUGUACUCCGGCAUAGAAGCAUAUAUCUUCCGUGGCAAGAUGCCCUGGACUCUGAAACACCAUAGUACAGAUCCCGAUUCGACCAAGGCUGCCUCCGAGUGCGAGAAAAUCGAGUAUCCCAAACCAGACGGGGUUAUUAGUUUUGACAUCUUAACAAGCGUUAGCCUCACUGGCACAAACCAUGAGGAAGACCAACCGGUCCACCUUCAAGUCAAGGACUGGGACAAACAUGCGGAGGAGUGUUAUCCCAAAUAUCAAGGGGUUGAGAAUAGAUUUUGCCCCGCCGGGGUCUAUGAGUACGUUGAGGAUCCAAGUAAAAAGUUGGGUGUGCGCUUCCAAAUAAAUGCGCAAAACUGCAUCCACUGUAAAACUUGCGACAUCAAGGUACCGACUCAGGACAUCAAUUGGCAGACUCCCCAAGGUGGGGAGGGCCCGAAAUAUUACCUCACCUAG